CAGAGGACAGUGCGCGCCCGUGGACGUGAGCUGCUUCUGCCGCUGAAGUCGCGACCACUCCACUCCAUGUUUUGCCCUUCCCUUUUGUGCGCUCUGGCCGUUGUGGGUGUCUCAUUUCCACGUCGCUCCACUCACACUGACACAUCGACGGCGGGACAAGUUGACAUCAGCGGGCAUGCUGGCUGUCUGCGCUUAGUGCAAUCGGAACCAACGGGAGCCUCUUAUACAAGAGGGAGCUGACAAUGAGGACGUAUGCCAAGAGACGAGUGAUUUCUUUUUUCCCCAUCCUUUUUCUUUCUUUUUUUCUCAAAUGAACAACAAAAGUAUUGUUGGAGACCUCUUCCAAACACCCUUUCAAGAUUUCGUUUCCCAUCCUUGUGGAUUUAUAAUUUCUGAGAGAAAUCAUCCAGGAUUUCAUGUUGUGGUUUGCGAUGUGGAGACUGCAAGUGGUUGUCUGCUCCCUGUGGCUGAUGCUGUCCACGUCUGUCGGUGGCGAGAGCAAGGCUCGGAGCUGCAGCGAAGUUAGACAAGCGUAUCACGCCAAAGGGUUCAGUCUUGUCCAUGUACCCCACCAAGAAAUAUCAGGUGAGCACCUGCGUGUCUGUCCUCAGGGAUACACCUGCUGCACAUCUGACAUGGAAGACAAGCUCAACCAGCAGAGCAAACUGGAGUUUGAGAAGCUGGUGGAGGACAGCAGCCACAACAUGAGGGUGACGUUUGUUUCCAGUCAUAAAAAGUUUGAUGAGUUUUUCUUGGAACUCCUGGACAAUUCAGAAAGGUCUCUGAACAGCAUGUUUUCAAGGACAUUUGGGAAGCUGUAUAUGAAAAACUCAGAGGUGUUCCAGGAUCUGUUCACUGAGCUCAAGCGCUACUACACAGGGGGCAAUGUCAACCUGGAGGAAAUGCUCAAUGAUUUCUGGUCUAGACUGCUGGAGCAGAUGUUCCAGCUACUGAACUCCCAGUACCACUUCACAGACGAUUACCUGGAGUGUAUCAGUAAAUACUCAGAUCAGCUCAAGCCCUUUGGAGAUGUGCCCAGGAAACUGAAGGCUCAAGUCACAAGGGCCUUGAUUGCUGCACGGACAUUUGUCCAGGGCCUGAUGGUUGGCCGGGAAGUUGCCAACAGAGUUGCCAAGGUGAAUGUUGCUCCUGCAUGUGUUAGGGCAAUGACCAGGAUGCUGUACUGCCCAUACUGCCGAAACAUUCCUGGGCUCAAGCCCUGCCAAAACUACUGUCAAAAUGUUAUGAGAGGCUGUCUCGCAAACCAGGCUGACCUCGAUCUUGAAUGGAACACUUUUACUGAUGCUAUGUUACUGGUGGCUGAGAGACUACAGGGACCUUUUCACAUUGAUACAGUCAUUGAGCCAAUUGACAUUAAGAUCUCAGAGGCCAUUACGACCAUGCAGGACAACAAUAAGAUCCUGUCAACAAAGUUUUUUCAAAGCUGUGGUCCACCAAAACCAUCAGGAUUAGGCAGGUCUGCACGUGGAAUUUCAGACGUGUUUAGUGCUCGUUUCAGACCUUACACUCCAGAGGAAAAGCCAACCACAACCACAGAGACAAGCCUGGAUCGACUGAGGGGUGUCUGGAUGACAAUGCAACACAGUGUAAUUGACAUUAGAGAGAAAUUUCAGAUGUCCAAAAGGUUCUGGUCUAAUCUACCAGACGAUAUCUGCGGCGAUGUCAAAUUGACAGAGUCUGAUGAAGAGCAAUGUUGGAAUAGCCACACCAAGGGAAGAUAUUUCCCAGAAGUGGUGAAAGAGGGACUAACCAACCAACUGAACAACCCUGAAGUGAACUUGGACAUCACCCGGCCAGACACAUUAAUUCGCCAACAAAUAAUGGCUCUGCGAGUCAUGUCCAAUAAAUUGAAAAAUGCAUACAAUGGAAAUGAUAUCUACUUCCAAGACUCCAGUGACGAAGGCAGUACUUCUGGUAGCGGUAGCGGUUGCCCAGAUGGCUGCACCACUGAGGCUGUUGUUGCAGGAUCUGAAGCACCUGUGAUCGGAGCAGACAGAAGUGAUGUGCACACUGCAGAAGCAGGAAAGACACAAUCCCACAGACCAUCACUGCUGAUAAUGACUAUGGCCCUCAUAGCAUCAUUCUGCGCAAUUCAGUCCCGAUGGAGAUAAUAUAUGACUAUACUGCUGCGUACAGUAUGUUUAAACACGUUCUACAGCUGCUUCUUCACCAGACCUGUAGAACUUUCCGGAACCCACCCAGUUGAGAGUGGAUGACUGUGUGUGAGGACUGAAGUAAGUACAGUGCUGCAUCAUUUGUCAUCCCCAAAAGAAUGCUAGAUGACAACACUGAAUCAGCUUUCACCUCCCUGACAAAAAUGGUGGCGUUCACUCAAUGUUUGAAAGUGUAUUUUCAUGCCAGAUGACAACACACUUUUAGAGCUCAUUCGAGAAUGUGUUUUUCCUCUGAGCAACAACUCUGGAACAGAAUUUAGUUUAUCUUAUUGGCCUUUCCCCACCCUCAGCCUGAUUUAAAAACUUGGCUUUCUGUGUGCAUGUGAGGAAAUAAAGCUCUGAUAUUCUUUGUUUUUGUUUAUUUUUUGUUUGUUUUGUUUUGAUUUGUUUUGUUUUGUUUUUUUUCAAUGUAGGGUUUAGAACAGUUAUAUUGAUGAACAGUCUACACCAGUAGGUCCUAGUAUCCAUGUUGAGAUGUAUGCUUACAUCAGGUGUCUACUUUUCUUUAGCCAUCGUGUACAUGCACAUCUGCUCUUCAAAAUAGGGAUCGAGGAAUUCAAUGAGGGAAUUGCCUUGCACACUAACAAAUAAUGAACUUGAUUUGUUUUAAAGCACUAAUCAGAUUACCUUGUUUUUCACAGUCAAAAGAUGUGUCAAGUGUUUCCUUUGAUGCUAUAUCAACGUAACCAUACAUAAUUGGAGUAAAAUAACAUGUAUGUAUUGUUUAUUUGAACAUGAUUCAAAUGCAAAACAAAAGAAAGAAACAGUAGUAUGCCAUUACAGUUAAAUUGCCUGAGACAAGCUUCUCAAACAAAUCUGACUAAUUUUCUUUAUUAUGAGUUCUUAGAAGUUUGUACGCAUUCGACUAUACUGACCUUUACAAGACUUUUUCUUCUUAGGAUUUAUUUUAUUAAUAACACAACUUCCCAACAUAAAUCAGAGUUUCUGCACACUACUCACAGACCAAGCUGUCUACUUGAAAGCAAGCUGAAUGCUGAGUUAAGAACGAUAUUUGUACUCAAAGGACUAAGGUCACUCUAUACAGUCCUUUUUCUUUCAGACUUUAACCUCAAAACGAUAUAAAAACUUAAGGGCCAUGGCCAGAUUUGUGCAUGUGCAUAUUGUGUAAUUUAUGUUACCUUAGGUCACAAAAGUUCCAGACAUACAGUAUUACAGGGAUACCAAUCGAAGGGGGCAUUUGUUCAUGGUGCCAGGGCAGUGCAGAGUCAAUAUGGUGCAGUGUGUCUAAAGAUAAAUACCUGAAAAGUGAGUCUCUUUUCUCAGCAGACUUUUCCCACAGCCUUCCUCUCUAGCAAAUUAACAGCUGCUGUGAGCUUCUCAAAAGAGAUUACACGUUCCAUGUAGCGGGCAUGGAACAUUACUCCUCUCCUUGCUGCACUCCAGAGGGAGAAAAAGCACUUUCCCUCACGGUCAUUGUCCUUAAACUGUUCUUAAACACAAAUGACAAGCACAACAGAAAUGUGGCGCACCAGUUGUCCUUUCCAAUGAACAAAUAUUUGAGUGGUUAUCCAUAGAGACAACAUUUGCAGCUAAUUAAAAUAUUUGUGUUGGACUAUAUGGUUUACCAGAGAGAGUACAAAAACAAAAAAUCUUGCAGUUUAGGACACGCAGAGACGAAAAUACAUUCUGUCUUCUCGUUCUGCGCAGAAAGUAUAUUAGCAGGAGGUGACCACCAGAUUUUCAGCAAACUCACUCUGGUGCAAUUGAAUCAGGGACAAGACUCCCCAGUGUGAAACAGUAUGAUAGACGUGAGCCGUACAGAAAUAGAUGUGCUGGACAUUGCCUAGUUGGAGACAUGAAGCUCAAACUAUUUAGAAAGGUUUAUUUCUCAGCAAGUGCACCAAAUAAGAUUGGAUUGUCAGACAUUUACACUGCUGGCCAAAAGUAUUGGCACCCCUAAAAUUCUGUCAGAUAAUUACAUAAUAAUUACAAAUGCUUUGGUAGUAAUAUCCUCAUUUAUUUUGCUUGCAAUGACAAAAACACUAAAGAGAAUGGGGGAAAAAUCAUUAUCAUUUAACACAAAACUCCCAAAAUGGGCAAGACAAAAGUAUUGGCACCAUUGAAAAAUUAUGUGAUGCUUCUCUAAUUUGUGUACUUAGCAGCACCUGUUACUUACCUGUGGCACAUAACAGGUGGUGGUAAUAACUAAAUCACACUUGCAGCCAGUUAAAAUGGAUUAAAGUUGACUCAACCUCGGUCCUGUGUCCUUGUGUGUACCAUAUUGAGCAUGGAGAAAAGAAAGAAGACCAAAGAACUGUCUGAGGACUUGAGAAGCAAAAUUGUGAGGAAGCAUGGGCAAUCUCAAGUUUACAAGUCCAUCUCCAAAGACCUAAAUGUUUCUGUGUCUACCGUGCGCAGUGUCAUCAAUAAGUGUAAAGCCCACGGCACUGUGGCUAACCUCCCUAGAUGUGGACGGAAAAGAAAAAUUCACUAGAGAUUUCAAUGAAAGAUUCCGCGCAUGGUGGAUGAAGAACCUUGACUAACAUCGAAACAAGUUCAAGCUGUCCUGCAGUCUGAGGGUACAACAGUGUGAACCCGUACUAUCCGUCAGCAUCUGAAUGAAAAGGGACUCUUUGGUAGGAUACCCAGGAAGACCCCACUUCUGACCCAGAGAUGUAAAAAAGCCAGGCUGGAGUUUCCCUGAUGUUUUGGGGUUGCUUUGCUACCUCUUGCACUGGACUGCUUGACCGUGUGCAUGUCAUUAUGAAGUCUGAAGACUACCAGCAAAAGGUGGGUGUCCCUCAGAGGUGAUUGGUCUUUCAGCUGGACAAUAAUCCAAAACCCACUUCAAAAAGCACUAGAAAAUGGUUUGAGGGAAAGCACUGGAGACUUCUAAAGUGGCCAGCAAUGAGUCCAGACCUGAAUCCUAUAGAACAGCUGUGGAGAGAACUGAAAAUGCCAGUUUGGAGAAGGCACCCUUUAAAUCUCAGAGACCUGGAGCAGUUUGCCAAAGAAGAAUGGUCUAAAAUUCCAGCAGAGCAUUGUAAGAAACUCAUUGAUGGAUACCGGAAGCGGUUCUUCGCAGUUAUUUUGUCUAAAGGUUGAGCUACCAGGUAUUAGGCUGAGGGUGCCAAUACUUUUGUCCGGGCCAUUUUUGUUUUGAGUUUUGCGUAAAAUGAUAAUGAUUUUUUUAUAAUGUCUUUUUUCUUAUUAUUUCUUAUGUGUUUUUUCAUCGCAAGCAAAAUAAAUGAAGAAAUUACUACCAAAGCAUUUGUAAUUGCAAUCGUUUUCUGGGAGAAAUUGAGCAUUAUCUGACAGAAUUGCAGCGGUGCCGAUAUUUUUGGCCAGCAGUGUAGACUUCAAAAGGGUCAAUUGUUUUUUUUUUUUUUUACCUCUAUGAAAGAGUGAUAUCUUUUUGCUUUAGGGUUGCAACAACAUAUCAAUAAAAAUCAGUAUGUUAAAGUGUUAGCAAUUAAUUUAAUUUUCAAUCAAAUGAUCAGUCACCCAUUGGGUUCCAUUCUGCUGUAAAAUGCCACAGAAGCAGAGUAAAGUGUGGUAGAAAUAGAGCCAUAUGGACUGAUAGAAAAUUGUGUUGUUUUUUUUAUAGUUUGUUUUGUUUGGUUUUAAUAGCUGGGAGGGCUAACAUUGUCUAAAGCAUUUGAGCAUUUCACACUACACAAUACAAAUAACAUGUUACUUGCAAACUAAAAUGUCAGUGGUAUUGCAUCAUUUAGGAGAAAUGAGCUUUAACUACGGGGUAAGUCAAUAGUGGAUGUUGUAUUGUGGUUGGUCACUCCCAGAUGUACUGCAGUAAUAAUUCUUUAUUUACCAUUUUAAAAGCUCUUGUACAUUUAUUCAGCAAUCUGUUACAGUACUUUUCUGCGCUGCCAGUUUGUAAUAAUGUCGUGGAUUAUUAUUAUUAUUUCUUUUUUAUUUUAUUUUUUUGCAAAGGGAUAGUGGGACAUGAAGACAAGUUCUAAUUGAACUACAACCACCUGACUCCCUAAACGUCUCGUCAGCCCAGAGACAUGAUAAGCAUACUAUAAGUAUGCUUGUCCUCUACUGGCUAAUUUGAAACAUACAGGCAACGAUAAAUCCGCAAAUAAUUAAUCCUGGGGACCAAGAAUUAAAACAUCGGGCACCAAGGAUUGAUGCACAUAUAUCCCUACGAUAUAAUGAUACAAAUUUUCAUUCCAAUCCAUCCAUUAAUAACGAAGGAGAAGUUACAGUCUAUCACAAAAGUAAGUACACCCCUUGCAUUUCUGCAGAUAUUUAAGUUUAUCUUUUCAUGGGACAAC